GUUCAUUGAAAAAUCCGAUCGACUGUAACAUUUAGUCGAAAUCAUAAAAUGGUACCUUAAAAUUUAAUAAGAAAAAUCCUUCUUCUUUUCUUCUUCUUUCUUCUUAUUAUGACACUCAAGUAUUCUAAACCACUCAAUAAAACAACACUCUAUAACGCAUACAAAGCAACAAGCCAACGUUUAUUCUUGUUUGAUUACGAUGGUACGUUGACACCCAUCGUAAGUAAUCCAGAAGAUGCUCAACCUACAUCUACUUUGUUGCAUUACCUUGUCGCGCUUUGUAAAGAUCCUUCCAACACAGUCUGGAUUAUUUCAGGAAGAGAUCAAACUUUUUUGGAAGCACAUCUUGGAAACAUACCUCGUCUAGGUCUAAGUGCAGAACAUGGCUCAUUUAUGAAAAAGGCUGGUGUGAAUGACUGGACAGACAUGCUCAAGGAAGCAGACAUGUCUUGGAAGCAAGUGGCACUCAAUAUCUUUGAGACAUACACAGCUUGCAAUCCUGGUACAGUGAUUGAAAAGAAGAAAUCGUCUAUUACUUGGCAUUAUCGUAAUGCAAAAGACACAGAAGAAGCUACAAGACAAUCACAAUCAUGUUAUCAGGAAUUGAUAAAGAUUCCUGGUGUAGAUAUUUUAGUAGGCAAGAUGAAUUUGGAAGUGCGAUCCUUACUGGUCAAUAAGGGUCAAGUGGUGAAACGUAUUAAACAAAAGCACCAAACUGAUUUUGUUAUGUGUGCUGGUGAUGACCAGACUGAUGAAGACAUGUUUAAUGUUCUUCAAGAUGAAAAAACAGCGUUUUGUGUGUCUGUGGGUCCUCUUUCAAAGACAACAUUAGCAAAAUACAGUGUAGAACAGAGUGAAGAUAUUGUGAACAUCAUUGGUCAAUUAGUCAACCACAGUACUUUAUAACAUGCUAUUUUCGGAAUAAUAAUAGAUUAAACCUUAGAGUGCAAAUGAUAUAUAUAUAUAUAAAUAUGUUUAUUAUACAGAGA